AACGUUUGUAUACGAAAGAUCGGAACAGCGCGCUGCUUGGGGGACUGCAAUGGAUGUUGAUCUUUACGAUGAGUUUGGUAACUACAUUGGGCCCGAGCUCGACUCUGACGAGGAGGAAGAUGACGACGACGAGGACGACUACCAAGACAACGACCAAGAUGUGAAUGGUUUUGAUGACGACGACGGGGCCGGGGGAGAGGAAGAGGAAGUCUCGGCUCAGGCUGUGGUGCUUCACGAAGACAAGCAGUAUUACCCCAGUGCUGCCGACGUCUAUGGCCCAGAAGUUGAGACCAUUGUACAGGAAGAGGAUGCUCAACCUUUGACCCAGCCUAUCAUUCAGCCAGUAAAGGUGAAGAAGUUCAGCCAUGUUGAGAAAGACUUACCAGUCACCUGCUACAAUCUGGAGUUUCUGGCUGAUCUGAUGGACAACCCAAACUUGGUUCGAAAUAUCUCUCUUGUGGGUCAUCUUCAUCAUGGCAAAAGCACCUUUGUGGACUGCCUUAUACACCAAACACACCCAGAAUUCAGGAGCAAGGAGGAUGUUCCUGUCCGAUACACGGACACACUGUUUACUGAGGGUGAACGAGGGCUUAGCAUCAAGGCUACUCCCAUUACUCUAGUGAUGCAGGAUGUUCGCAACAAGAGCUUUCUCAUGAACAUCUUUGACACCCCAGGACAUGUAAACUUCUCUGAUGAGGUGACAGCCGCUAUGAGAUUAAGUGAUGGUGUGGUGGUUUUUGUAGAUGCUGCGGAGGGUGUGAUGCUCAACACACAACGACUCCUGAAACAUGCUGUACAAGAACGAUUGGCCAUCACUGUGUGCAUCAACAAGGUGGACCGUCUCAUACUGGAACUAAAGCUGCCUCCUCAAGAUGCUUAUUAUAAACUAAGACACAUAGUGGAAGAGGUUAACUCUCUUCUCCAACAGUACACAGACCAGGAGAAUCCACAAACCAUCUCCCCUUUGUUAGGCAAUGUUUGCUUUGCCAGUUCUCAGUAUUCUCUCUGUUUUACUCUAAAAUCCUUUGCCAAGACAUACGCCCAACAUUUUGGAUACGAACUUCCAUUAGAAGAUUUUUCAAGGAGGUUGUGGGGCGAUAUAUACUUCAACCCUCGAACUAGGAAAUUUACGAAGAAGCCUCCCACAUCAACAGCUCAAAGGAGCUUUGUUGAAUUCAUCCUUGAACCACUUUAUAAAAUUUUUGCACACAUUGUUGGUGAUGUAGAUACUCAUCUGUUAACGUUAAUGGAGGAGUUAGGCAUCCACAUGAGCAAAGAAGAACAGAAGAUGAACAUCAGGCCAUUGCUGAAACUAUUCAUGUCUAAAUUCAUUGGAGAGUUUGAAGGAUUUGUUGACAUGUGUGUUCAGCACAUUCCAUCCCCCAAGGCAUAUGGGAAGCAGAAGGUGGAGACUACUUACACGGGUCCACUGGAUGCAGAACUGGCAGAAAGCAUGAUGGCCUGCGACCCCGAGGGCCCGCUCGUUGUUCACACCACCAAGCAGUACCCCAAUGAGGAUGCAACUGCUUUUCAUGUAUUUGGACGCGUUCUCUCGGGAACCAUUCAUGCCAACCAAGAUGUCCGUGUGUUGGGUGAAAAAUACACACUCAUGGAUGAGGAAGAUUCCCGUAUACUGACUGUUGGAAGGUUGUGGGUGUCUGAAGGCAGGUACAAUAUAGAGGUGAAUGCUGUACCUGCUGGUAACUGGGUCUUGAUAGAGGGAAUUGAUGAGCCUAUUGUUAAGACUGCUACCAUCACAGAUCUCCCCCCCACUAGCGAGCUACACAUUUUCCGACCGCUUAAAUUUAACACUCAGUCGGUCAUAAAAAUUGCAGUCGAGCCAGUGAAUCCAUCAGAGUUGCCAAAGAUGUUAGAUGGCCUUCGUAAAGUGAACAAAUCCUACCCACUUCUAAGUAAUAAAGUAGAAGAAUCUGGAGAGCAUAUUAUUCUUGGAACGGGAGAAUUGUACCUGGAUUGUGUUAUGCAUGAUUUGAGGAAAAUGUACUCUGAGAUUGACAUUAAAGUUGCUGAUCCUGUGGUCAGCUUUUGUGAAACUGUGGUCGACACAUCCUCGCUAAAAUGCUUUGCAGAAACUCCAAACAAGAGAAAUAAGAUCACUAUGAUUGCUGAACCAUUAGAAAGAGGUUUAGCUGAAGAUAUUGAAGGAGAAGUAGUGCAAAUAAACUGGGACAGAAGACGACUAGGUGAAUUUUUCCAGACUCGUUACGAUUGGGAUGUAUUGGCUGCUCGGUCUAUUUGGGCAUUUGGGCCCGAUCACAGUGGUCCAAAUAUCUUAGUAGAUGACACUUUGCCCUCGGAAGUUGACAAAAAUCUGUUGUCGUCUGUAAAGGAUUCUAUUGUGCAAGGUUUUCAGUGGGGGACAAGAGAAGGUCCUCUCUGUGAAGAGCCUAUUCGAAAUUGCAAGUUCAAGAUUCUUGAUGCAGUCAUCGCCGAGGAGCCUUUGCACCACGGAGGUGGUCAAGUUAUUCCCACAGCCAGGAGAGUUGCAUACUCUGCCUUCUUGAUGGCAACACCACGACUCAUGGAACCAUACUACUUUGUGGAAAUCCAGGCACCAGCAGAUUGUGUGUCAUCGGUAUAUACAGUGUUAACCAAACGACGUGGCCAUGUAACCCAGGAUGCUCCUGUAGCUGGUUCUCCGCUCUAUACUAUCAAAGCUUUUAUACCGGCAAUUGAUUCGUUUGGAUUUGAGACAGAUCUGCGUAUGCAUACGCAGGGACAGGCCUUCUGUCUGAGUGUAUUUCAUCAUUGGCAGAUUGUGCCGGGCGAUCCUCUAGAUAAGAGCAUUGUGAUUCGACCCUUAGAGCCCCAGCCUGCCACGCAUUUGGCCCGUGAGUUUAUGAUCAAGACCCGACGAAGAAAAGGUCUUUCGGAGGAUGUGUCUAUUAACAAGUUCUUCGACGAUCCUAUGUUGUUGGAACUUGCCAGACAAGACGUGACACUCAACUAUGCUUAAGGGUUAGUUACAUAUUUGGACAUGUAUUAUAUGAGAAGAAUAUAUAUGCUUGUGUACAAUUCUUUGACUUUUAGUAGGAAUUUCAUUACUAUGUUUGAAAACAAAUAGUAUAAUUCUUGAUUAACUUAAUAUAACUAAAUUUCAGUACUACAAAUUAGAGAGUUUCCUAUACCUCAAAUUCUUGUCCUAAGGUUUUUUUUUUUUUUUUGUAAUUAUUUGUCUGGAAAAAUAGUGGUUUGCACUAGCUGUAAAUUGCCAUUUUUAUAAAUACAGUGGUAAAAUUGCACAAAAA